CCUAAUUUAGGUUUCGUUAGGAAUUAGCUUAUUUCCUUUGGAAUUACUGUCGUCUGGCGCACAACAUUCCAGUGAAAUCUGGAGAAAACCCUUUUCUUUAACCGGUUUCUGCAAAUACCCCACCACGGAACUACAACAAAGAGGGGAAUGACGAGGGUUUUUUUUGUUUUUUUUUUUUUUUUACGGAACCGCAAUGAGAACAGCAGCACUGAUUCCCCUGCCAAAGCUGAGGGAGAUGCGUCAAGAAAUUAGCAGCUGAACGAUCACAUUGUUACAAUGGCGUUUUUAUUCUUCGGUUUCUCCACCUAAUAAUAACGGGGGUUAUUUUCAAGGCAGGAAUGAAAUCCUGUAGGGAUUGUAGGGUUUUGGUUUUUUUUUUCCUUUCGUAUGUGUGCGACUGAGGGCAGUGUGCGUGUGUGUGCCUGGCGUUUCCCACAAGUGGGUCACGUCAGGCGAGUUGUGACACUGCAGCGGCGGCGGGGACAGCCCGGCGCUGCCUCCGGAGCUCCGCGGAGCCUCGCCGGCUCGGGGCUCUCGCCCGAAUGGGACAUGCCGGGCGUGCCGCAGUUUUUAAUGGGCUGGAGCAAGGCACGACGGGAGCACGGUUGUGGCUGUGCACUAAGUCAUCCCAGCGUGGGUAGGGGCCAGCGCUUGCACGUGGGGAAUUUUGCUGCUUUGUGGCUUGAUUUGUAAGAGUUUUGCUGCUUGGGUAUUUGGUUUAUGGCCUUACUAAAAAUUAGGAGUAGGCAAAUAACUAUGCUGUGUAUUUCUUUAUCACAAGGAUGGCUUUUCUGAAGUUUCCCCUUUUUUCUCCUUUUCCUUUUCCCCCCCUUUUUUUUUUUUGUUUGUUUGUUUUUGGUGAGAGCAGAGAAACAGUUUCUGCAGAAUGUUUAAACUUCUUUUAAGGAGCUCUAUUUUGAAAGUUGCUCCUUUAAAACAUGACAGCUUGUCUAUUUCAUUUUAUUUCAUCUUGAUUGCCUUGGUAGGCCUUUUGAGUCAAGGAUCUGUAAUGUGACAGUGCACUGUCUGCAUUGCUUUUCUUGACUGAUUGCUCUCAUGAUCAUUUUUAUUUUGGAAGAGUAUUGAUAAUAUAAUAAUACCGUUUCUUCCAUCUGUCCUUCCACUUCAGAAUGCUACCUUGACUUCCAUAAAGCUAAAAUCAGCCAAGUCUCUGAGUAAAUAGAUAAAAAUCAGUUUGUAAAAACUAACUGUAUGGACAGAAUUAAGUAUAUUACAGAGUUGUAUUAGUUCUUGAUCCAUGUGAAGCUGGCAUGGACCUAAGCCAAGUAAAAGGUGUGGGUGUUUAGUUCUUUUCAGAGGUUGUAAAACCUGAUUUUGGAUGCCUCAGAUUUAUUUUUUUUUUGGUCCGAGUGGUAGAAGGAUGUUACCAGAACUGCGAUUUGAGCAAAGAGACACACAGUUGAGAAGGAUUAAGUGAAGGGACAAGGCUGGGCACCAGCUUUUCUUUGAGAAUUUGAAUUCCCAAGAUGGAACUGAAAAAUUGAUUCUGUUAGCUUUGAUGCCAGAAUCGGGUCCUGAGGUAAAUGUCAGCUGGAAUGUUUUGGAAGGACUGAGAGGAGUUUCUGUCCUUCUUGAAAUCUUACAGAAAAGUGAACAGCUGGAAUUGCUUCCUAGCCUUUAUGGUAGCAGAGGCCUUGGGGUGCUUCCAGGGAGCUGAAGGUGUUCCUGUGGUGCUUGCAAGAAGCAGCUCUGGUAUUUCUUGCGUCACGGAGCUGCUGUUGCAGGUACAGAGCGCUGUGGUGUUCCUUCCUUUGUGUGGCUGUGCUCACCUCUGCUCAGAAGAGCAAGGAGGAGGAAACAGUGUUUUCUCAUCUCCUAGUUAGAAUGCUCAAACACUGAAGUGUUUUCAGGAAUCUUUUUGUAUUUUUUUUUUCCUCAGCCACGGACAAGUUACUUUAUGUCUUUUUGGAUUGCAGAUUCUGAUUUGGACACUUUUAUUAUUUCAGUUCAGUUAAUUCCUGUUUUAAGUGCCUGCAUCCUCUUUCAGUCAUCAUCUUGCAGCAAAUUUCUGUGGGUGUGAGGCCUGUGUCCUUGUGGAGCACUUCCAAACUCUUUUUGGUCCUGCACAGGGGUAAGAGGUGGCUGGGUCUGUAUGCUGAAGCACAUUUUGAGAAACAUUUAGUAAGAGGAAAAAAAAAAAAACCCAUUGAAAUUUCUUUCUAGUCUGGAACAAGCACCAAAACAAAUGUUGGUUGUCUUUUUAAGACUCAGACUUUUAAGGCCAUGUGCCAGGAAGUGUCUUUGAUUUGUUGGAGCCUGAGCCUUUGUUAUGAGCACAUUUUGCCAGUGUAGGUGAGAAGACCUGACCAGUGCAGAAGAGGACAGAAUUAUGUGGUGUGCUGGGCUGUCACUGCUGUGAAACUGCAAUUCUUGAACACCACAGGGACAUUUUGGGUUUGGAAUCUGUUGCCUGGAAUCCAGAAAACGAGAAAAACUGGGAAGAGAUGGUGUCAGCAGGCACUUAGAGGAAGCUGGAAAGUAGUGAUGGAGACCUCUGCCUGUCAGGGGUGAGGAAGAUAGAAGGACAGUGAAAGUCUGCCUCACUUAGUGAAGUGAGGAAUUUAGGGAGUGGAUAGGACAGAGAAAGCACAGGCAUGAAUCAUGAGGAGCAGGAAUUCGUGGUGGAGUGGUCAGGUAGGUGGUGAAAGCAGGAAGCAGAGGAAAUGAAUGCCAGUUCUUCAGGUGGUGAACUGACGCUUCAGGCUGGUCAGGUCGCAGCAGAUGGCAGGCUGAUGUGUGUGAUAAUACAGCCUUCAAAAGCACAGGCACAAAGGGCAGCUGAACUUUUCCCAGAGAUCCAGACAGAGCUCCAUCUUAUGUAUGUGUAGUCUGAGGAGAGAGGCAGUUUUAUUUCUGCCAAACCUUAGUACCCCUUUGUCUCCUGCCAUAAAAAAACCCCUCCUCAUUGUCCAUACAAUGUUUACUACAAAUUGAUGAGUAGCAGAGGUUUGUGUGAGUGAUGGGAGGGUACUGUAGUUAGAAGAUGGAGGGAUGAAAUGAGCAGGGGGUGUAAUGAACAUGAUAUUGGUGCAGGCACACCAAAAGUUGGAAAAGAAGCAACAGAAGAGAAGAAAGUACACAGGCAACACAGAAAAUAUGACAAGAUGAAUAGGAAGGACACUGGUAGUAGACUGGGUGGGUGUACACCAAAUAGAUGGGAGGAAAGCAACUUGGGUAUGAAUAAUUCUUGCUAGAAUUACUGUAUGGGAUUUUGUUACUCUGUUCUUGUUUCUGUGGCAUGGCAGAAGUUGAUUGCUAUCAGUCAAGCUAUUUCUUGUGUCUGAGGCUGAGAAACACUUUUCUUCUGCUCUUGGUUCUGAAAAAAAGCAUUGGGUGAAGAGCUGUUCCCCUUCAUAGUGGGCACUUUGGGUGGAUGUGCUUGACAGAAUAACUGGGAGGCAAUUUGUGUCCAGUUGAAUACCACAAUGACUUGUUAGCACAGAUGUCUUUAAAACAUGGAGGCCUUCCAGCUGAGCAUCACACAAAUACAGAACACCUUGGAAAGUUACUUGUGUUCCACUAUUUUUCUUCCAGUUCUAUGUCUGGCUAUAUUUCUCUCCUUCAGCUUCUGUAAAAGAGAAGGCCUGAGUGACUGCACUGGAGGCUGGACAAUACCCCAAAGGAGAGUUCCAGAGACACUGUGACUGAUGAGAGUUCAAGGCCAUGGAUGAAGAUGGGCUUGAAUUGCAGCCACAUGAGCCAAAUGCAUUUUUUGAUCCAACAGGAGCUGAUGCAGCACACAUGGAUGGAGAUCAGAUUGUUGUGGAAGUACAGGAAACAGUAUUUGUUUCAGAUGUGGUUGACUCAGAUAUAACUGUGCAUAAUUUUGUUCCUGAUGAUCCAGACUCCGUAGUAAUCCAGGAUGUCAUUGAGGAUGUUGUCAUCGAGGAUGUUCAGUGCCCAGAUAUCAUGGACGAGCCAGACGUGUCUGAAACAGUCAUUAUUCCUGAGCAAGUGCUGGACACAGACGUAGCUGAAGAGGUUUCUUUGGCUCAUUGCACUGUCCCAGAUGAUGUUUUAGCUUCUGACAUAACAGCAGAGACAAUGUCUAUACCAGAACAUGUACUGACAACUGAGUCAAUGCAUGUACCUGAAGUUGGACACGUAGAACAUGUAGUUCAUGAUAACGUGGAAGAAGCAGAUAUUGUCACUGACACUCUGGGAACAGAUGUUGUUUCUGAGGAAGUCUUGGUGGCAGACUGUGCAUCAGAGGCAGUGAUUGAUGCCAAUGGAAUCCCUGUGGAACAUCAAGACGAGAAGGGCAACUGUGAUGAUUACCUUAUGAUUUCCUUGGAUGAUGCUGGUAAGAUAGAACACGAAGGUUCUGCUGAAAUUACCAUGGAAGCAGAGUCAGAAAGUGGCUCUUGUAAAGUGGAUGGCAUUUGUCCAGAAGUCAUCAAGGUCUAUAUAUUCAAAGCAGACCCUGGAGAAGACGAUUUAGGGGGCACAGUAGACAUUGUGGAGAGCGAGCCAGAGAAUGAUCACGCAGUUGGAUUGCUCGAUCAGAACAGCAGUAUUCGUAUUCCAAGGGAGAAAAUGGUUUACAUGACUGUAAAUGAUUCUCAGCAUGAAGACGAAGACUUAAAUGUUGCAGAAAUAGCUGAUGAGGUUUAUAUGGAGGUGAUUGUAGGAGAGGAGGAUGCUGCAGCCGCCCAUGAACAGCAAAUCGAUGACACCGAAAUUAAAACUUUCAUGCCCAUAGCUUGGGCAGCAGCUUAUGGUAAUAAUAACGAUGGCAUCGAAAGUCGGAACGGCACUGCAAGUGCUCUUUUGCACAUAGAUGAGUCAUCUGGACUUGGGAGGCUGGCCAAGCAAAAACCAAAGAAGAAGAGGAGACCUGAGUCCAGACAGUAUCAGACAGCAAUAAUCAUUGGUCCCGACGGUCAUCCACUGACAGUCUAUCCCUGCAUGAUUUGUGGAAAGAAAUUUAAAUCCAGAGGUUUCUUGAAAAGGCACAUGAAAAACCACCCGGAGCACCUUCUUACUAAGAAGAAAUACAGAUGCACAGACUGUGAUUACACUACGAAUAAAAAAAUAAGUUUACAUAACCACUUGGAGAGUCACAAGCUGACCAACAAGACGGAAAAGCUUAUUGAAUGCGACGAGUGUGGGAAAACCUUCUCUCACGCGGGAACUUUAUUUACUCACAAGAUGGUGCACAGGGACAAAGGAGUUAAUAAAAUGCACAAGUGCAAAUUCUGCGAUUAUGAGACAGCAGAACAAGGGUUACUGAGUCACCACCUGUUGGCCGUCCACAGCAAGAACUUUCCUCACAUUUGCGUGGAGUGUGGCAAAGGGUUUCGUCACCCGUCGGAGCUCAAGAAGCACAUGCGGAUCCACACCGGCGAGAAGCCCUACCAGUGCCAAUAUUGUGAAUACCGAUCUGCCGACUCUUCCAACUUGAAAACCCACGUAAAGACUAAACACAGUAAGGAAACGCCGCUCAAGUGCGAUAUUUGUUUCCAGACUUUUUCAGAUACCAAAGAGCUGCAGCAACAUACGCUUAUGCAUCAAGAAAGUAAAACGCAUCAGUGUUUGCAUUGUGACCAUAAGAGCUCAAACUCGAGUGAUCUGAAACGACACAUUAUUUCGGUCCACACAAAAGACUAUCCUCAUAAGUGUGAUAUGUGUGAUAAAGGCUUUCACAGGCCUUCGGAACUGAAAAAACACGUGGCGGCUCACAAAGGUAAAAAAUUGCAUCAGUGCAGACAUUGUGACUUUAAAAUUGCAGAUCCGUUCAUUCUGAGUCGCCACAUACUCUCAGUUCACACAAAGGAUCUUCCAUUCAGGUGCAAGAGGUGUAGGAAGGGCUUUAGGCAACAAAAUGAGCUGAAAAAACACAUGAAAACACACAGUGGCAGGAAAGUUUAUCAGUGUGAGUACUGUGAGUACAGCACUACAGACGCCUCAGGCUUCAAACGGCACGUGAUUUCCAUUCACACAAAAGACUACCCUCACCGGUGUGAGUAUUGCAAGAAAGGUUUCCGAAGGCCUUCAGAGAAGAACCAGCACAUUAUGCGACAUCAUAAAGAUGUUGGGCUGCCUUAAAGUCUCUUUCACAGACUUAUGGCUGGAAUUAUAAAGGAAAUUUGCCUUUCAGGCAGUUAGCUUAUUUUAAAGCCAAUCACCUACGAUCACACACACACACAAAAAAAAAAACCACAAAAAAACAAAAACAAAAAAAAUACUGUGCAUUUGAUUUGUUGCUGUAUAAAAAUAGGAUUAUUGCUUGUAGUUGACUUUUAUACCUUUUGUUCAAUAGCGUGUUCUGAAUUCUAUUCAGUUUGUUUAAUAAAUGAAGAAAAGAUGGCAACAAUAAAGUUGCAUUUAAUAAAGUAAACCCUGUCUCUUACUGAAUUUUUCAACCGUAAUAGUUAAUUUAAGUAUAUUUAUCUUACUGAUCUCGUUGAUACUCACAGUGUCCAUGUUAAUGCAGUUUUGUCGUGAAUUUUAAAAAUACAGAAUUUCUCUUGAUGAAAUUGUCAGAGGUGUGUAUAAAAUGGGGAAUUGUCAUGUUGACAGUAAAGUCACUAGGGCCCACCUGAUUGUCCUGUUUUAACUAUACAGACUUCAUGGCAGGUUAACUAUUUUCCGGUUGAGGAGUUAGAAGUCUCACUUUGUGUUUUCAUUCUGGUUUCAGAGAGAAAAAUAUUUUUAGAAAUGGUUUGGGGCGGUUUUUGUCUUUCCUGGGCAAAUUCAAAAUAUGCGCAAAUAUUACAUUUAUUGUUCUGUGCUUCUUUGUCUUUGAAAGGUUUUGUGUGUUACAAGAGUUGGGUUUUUUCCACUUUAUUCCUGUCUUAAAUGUUGGAAACAUGAAAUACUCUUGUUCCAUUUGCAGAGUUAACAAUAGAUCACAACUGUCUGUAUGUGCUGGUAAACGUACCUCAAACUUUAUGCUUUUAUGUAUGUUGGUAUUUCUUUGAAAGAGCAGUUUGUGGUUCAAGUCACAUUUUUAUUGUUAAUUGUUUUAGAAUAGAAUUUAAGACCAAGAGGUGCCUCAGUUUUGGAAACCAGGUAUUUACAGUGAGAGCUUAAGAAGGGCCUGGAGUGGAGCAGAUGAGUUCAUAAGGAGUAGAGAUGUUGUAAUGUAGAUGUCCUUAAUAAAAAAAGUAUCUUAUGAUAGAUGCAGUUCUGUUACUAAAUGAAAUGUUUUUCCUGAGCCAUUAGUAGCUGUGUUCAGUGGCUGUUUAAUAAUUAGUACUGUAUCCAGAAUUAACCCAGUUCUUUCAAUCUGUUUAUAAACAGCUGGGAGAACAUUACAAUUAUUAGAUGCAAUUUUGCCACCUGAAGACUGUUAUAAAAUAGCUCCAUAUCAUUUGCUAAUUGCAGUGUAAAUGUACCAAGCACAAAGUCAUGUACUUUAACAACAACCUUGGAGCAAAAAACCCAAACCGUUUUAAUUACAGGCCAGAUUUUAGGACAUGGCCCUGCUCCCCUUGCUCGAAUUCUCAUCCCAGCCACUGAUGAUGGAUUGCAGAAUUCAGUCCUGGCUGCCUGCCAGAUUAGGAUAGAUUUGUAACCAACAAUUCCCUAAUGGAAAGGCUGCAGCGACUGGACCAGUGUUAAUUCCUGUUUCUAGGCAGGUGAAUUUCCAGUUGAACUCAAACAGGAAUUUUAGUGAUAGUUUCAAGUUUGGGGUGAGAGAGGGACAAAGGUUUCCUUUCUGGAUGUGCAUCUUCUAGGCCUUUUGUAAUUUGUCUUGUUACCAAGCCCUGCCCCUACUGCUCAUCCCUGCUGUCUCACUGUAAGCUGGAAUUCUUGUCUGUAGUGUGCAGUUCAGGAGAGUCCGAUGCCAUGUCACUGCCUGUGCUGUAGGAUGGUUUUUUCUUUCUUUGCCUGCUUGCAGUGCCCCAGACUUGCUGGGUGCUCUUGUGUAAUAUUGCUCCUACAUGACUCUAGCGUGUAAUUCCUGGCCGUGCUGCAUUGUGCCUUCCUUGAAAUCCCCGCUGAAGCCAGUGGAUUUCCUCCGUGGCCGUAGUGUCCUUUGCCUGCUGAUGCCAAACCAGAUGCAGUAAAACCCAGCAGAGAUUCCCACUCGCUUCUUGCAAAAUACUUGCCUGUGACUACUUUUUUUUUUUUUUCCUCUCUUAUGUUCAAGCAUUUUCUAACUGGAAACCUGGAAAGUGUACAAAAUCUGCAAAAAAUCCCAUAGUAGUGCUGAGGAUUUUAGCCAUUUUGAACUUUAUUUUUUUAAAUAAGCUGAAAGACAAAGAACACAAUUUUACGCAUUUUCUUUCUCUUACGUAGCCUGGAAUCAUACACACUUUUUUUUUUUUUUUUUUUUUUUUUUUAAAGCACAAUGUUGAAACUUUUUUUUUAAUAAUUAAGGGUUUGGUCAAGUGGAUUUUGUAAAAUGUAUUUGUCUGUAUAAAGAGAAAAUGAAGUUAUAGUUAUUGUUAAUGUACUGACAUUAGUUACAGGUUAGUUUUAAUUCUUAAAUAAUUUGCUUAGCAAAUGCUAUAAAGUGGAUGUUUCAGUUUAAUGUUUAAAAAAGGUACAGAUUUUUACAAGGACAUAAUAUAAAUUAUUGUUCUGUAGAAAAUACCCUGUUAAAUAUUGUAUAUGUCCUUCCCUCUGUACACUUUGUAAAAAAGACAAAAGAAAAAAACAAAAUACAUAGAACCAUAUAGGGAUGUGUGACAUUAUUGUAAUUGUGUACUUGAUAAUAACGUGAAAAAAUAAAAUUCAAAAUAUUUUCCUUUUAA